AUAUAACCUAAUGUAAACUGGCGUGCGUGCUCACAGAGGAGAUGCUGCUGCUGCCAGGUCCCACUUUUGUGUUUGGGCGUUUGAAGAAGAAAGUGUGCUCUGAGGGAACAAGGAUAUGAGUGUUGUGAAGUUCACCCCAACUAAUUCUUCGUUCAAAGUUUGGAAAGAGCAGUUGAGUGGAAGCUUAGAAAAAGAAAAAUCCAAUCUUGGUCAUACUUGGAAGGAAGAUUGUCAUGUCGUACACUGCUAAGACAACAAGCUUAAGGUACGCCAUUCCCAAAUUUAGUGUCUUUCUGAGGUUCUUUUCUUAUUCCCAAAACCAAAACGCCAAAAACAAUUAUGGGUUUGAUGCCAUUGGUGAUGCUGUGGCCUUAUUCAGUCGCUUAAUCACUAUGCACCCUCUUCCAUCUGUUGUAGAAUUUAACAUGAUUUUAGGGUCAGUAGUGAAGAUGAAGCAUUACCCUACUGCUAUAUCAUUGUUUAAACAAAUGGGGUUGAGAGGAAUUACCCCUUCUAUAGUGUCUUUGAGUAUCUUGAUCAAUUGUUACUGUCACUUGGGUCACUUGGGUUUUGCCUUUUCAGUGUUGGGCAUGGUUCUCAAGAUGGGUUAUCAGCCCAAUCCAGUAACCUUGACCACGCUCAUGAGAGGGCUUUGUCUCAAUGGUGAGGUUAGGAAAGCUGUGGACUUUCAUGAUAGCGUGGUGGCUCAGGGGUUCCUGUUGGAUGAAGUUAGUUAUGGGACCUUGAUCAAUGGGCUGUGUAAACUAGGACAGAUAAGAGGUGCCUUUGAGUUCGUGCAGAAAAUGGAAGGGCAAAUGGUUAAGCCUAAUGUAGUAAUCUACAAUAUUAUGAUUGAUGGUUUGUGCAAAGAUGGAUUUGUAACUGAGGCGUGUGGUUUAUAUUCAGAAAUUGUUAGCCGGGGAAUAAGUCCUGAUAUUUUUACUUACACUUGUCUGAUUCAUGGUUUUUGUAGUUUGGGGCAGUGGCGAGAAGUUACCCAGUUGUUGUGUGAUAUGGUUGACAAAAAGGUCAACCCAAAUGUUUAUACCUAUAACAUAUUGAUUGAUGCAUUAUGUAAAAACAGAAUGCUCACAAAAGCUCAUGAUAUGUGUAAUUUGAUGAUUGAAAGAGGUGAACAACCAGAUGUAGUUACUUUCAACACUUUGAUGAGUGGAUAUUGCUUGUACAAUGAUGUGGAUGAGGCAAGAAAGUUAUUUGAUACAUUUGUUGAUUGGGAUAUUGUGCCUGAUGUUUGGAGUUAUAACAUCUUGAUUAUUGGGUAUUGCAAGAGUAAAAGGAUUGAUGAAGCUUUGAUCCUCUUCAAUAAAAUGCACUGCACCAAUUUGGUUCCUAAUAUUGUAACUUACAGUUCUGUUAUUGAUGGUUUGUGCAAAUCUGGGAGAAUCUCGUAUGCGUGGGAACUUUUUAGUGCAAUUUGUGAUGGUGGGCCAUCCCCUAAUGUUAUCACUUACAAUAUCAUGUUAGAUGCUCUUUGCAAAACUCAACUUAUGGACGAUGCAAUUGAAUUAUUUAACCUAAUGUUUGAAAGGGGAUUGACUCCUAAUGUUUCGAGUUAUAACAUAUUGAUUAAUGGGUAUUGCAAGAGGAAGAGGAUUGUUGAAGCCAUGAACCUUUUCAAAGAAAUGCAUCACAGAAAUUUGGUUCCUGAUUCCGUGACUUAUAAUUCCCUCAUUGAUGGGUUGUGUAAAUCUGGAAGAAUCUCUCAUGCAUGGGAGCUUUUCUAUGCAAUGCAUGAUGGUGGUAUGCCAAUUAAUGUUAUCAGUUAUAAUAUCUUGUUAGAUGCCUUUUCCUAAACACACCAUGUUUUCUAGGAAAUUGAUUAUUAAACCUAAUGUUUGAAAGGGGAUUCACUACUUAUGGUUUUAGCCAUUGCAUUGCAUCUUGAUUGAUGAAUAUUACAAGGGUAAAGGGAUGGAAGAAGCUAUGAAUCUCUUCAGAGACAUGCAUUGCAACAGUUUGAUUCUUGAUACUAUAAAGUCAUCUCUUGGUAAUGUUGUCACAUAUAACACCAUUAUCAAUGGACUCUGCUUAGAAGUGAGAAUGAUAAAGCAUAGGAGCUACUUCAAGAAAUGUUUGCUGAAGAUCUGAACAAAUGAUAAAACCUGGUGAGAUACAGAAGCUAAUUCACACUGAAAUCUAUACUUCUAUACUUAUUACUAAAGAUAGGUUUGAAUAAAUGCUUGGCAAAUGCACUGUUGCAGCUUUGGUGUAGGUUGAAAUGAACCCCAUGGAAAAUGCAUUAUUGCAUAUAGUCUUGCAUGAUCAUCUCGAAUAGUUCAUGAAAGGUGGCACUCUCUUGAGGUAAUCGAGUUCAGGCAAUUUACAUUUAUUCUUGGAAUAAAUUUUCUAUUUCUUAAAUCAACAACAGUGCAUAUAAGAUUUAGCCUGUAAAAUUCUCAUGUAAUUAACAAGAGUAAACUUUCUUUUUGUACGUUGCUUUUCAAAUUUCUGUGGCUGUUUCUUUUAUGUUUUAUUUUUAUUCUUAUUUUUUGCUUCUAUGGAGGUUUCUUGCUCUCCUUUAGUCUCUCAAGAGCUUUCAUAUGUCUUACUCGGUUGUUCUACCAUAAUUUACAUAAUGUAUUUUAAUCUUUUUUACAUCUACCAAUUUAAAUUAAUUGGUGAACACUACUUGUUACUGGAGGAACAAUUUGGAUUGGUAUGUAACUAUGUAUGUCAGCAUAUUGUAUUGCAGUUCAAUUUUCAAUCAAUGUCUGGUUUGUCACUAAAGAUGUAGAUUAUCAGUUUAUUCUUAAUGAAAUCAUUAAGGCUUCUUUAAUC